CAACUAAUUUCGUUAUAAUAGCCUAUUAUACUUCUAUACAAUUACAUAAAUAAUUUGUCCAAUAGUUCUAUAUUUAUACGAACAUAAAGGGAACUCUUCCAAUAAUUGGAACCCUUCCUGCACAAGAUGGUUGGUGAGCCCACUCAGUCGAAAAUUUCAAUGUUCAGGGUGCGUGUCAAACCCAAACUUAGGAGCACUUUGGAGAUAUCUUUCAUACAGCGAAUCAAUGAAAAACCGAAGCCAACCUUGAUAAGCAUCAUCUCAGGAUUGAUCUUAUUAUUCAUUGUCAUUUCAUUUACUCGUGACUAAAACUUAGCUAUGUGGAUUAUUGAUUGGUUCCAAGAUGUUUUAUCAUCUUUAGGAUUAUGGAAUAAACAUGCCAAAUUGUUAUUCUUAGGUUUAGAUAAUGCCGGUAAGACCACUCUUUUACAUAUGUUAAAAAAUGAUAGAUUAGCCACUUUACAACCAACUUUACAUCCAACAUCUGAAGAAUUAGCUAUAGGAUCUGUUAGAUUUACAACUUUUGAUUUAGGUGGACAUCAACAAGCUCGUCGUUUAUGGAAAGAUUAUUUUCCUGAAGUUAAUGGUAUUGUAUUCUUAGUUGAUGCUGCUGAUCCAGAAAGAUUUGCUGAAUCAAAGGCUGAAUUAGAAUCCUUAUUUAAAAUUGAAGAAUUAAGUCAUGUUCCAUUUUUAAUCUUAGGUAAUAAGAUUGAUGUUCCUACUGCUGUUGGAGAAAUGGAAUUAAAAUCUGCUUUAGGUUUAUAUAAUACUACUGGUAAAGAUACUGGAAAAUUAACUGAAGGUACUAGACCAAUUGAAGUUUAUAUGGUUUCAGUGGUCAUGAGAUCUGGUUAUAGUGAAGGUUUUAAAUGGUUAUCUCAAUACAUUUAGUUACUUAAAAUGGUUAAACAUAGACUGCUUUUACCAUGACAUAUGUAAUUUCCCUCUCUCUUUCACUUAAUAUUUGUUAGAUUAAUGAUGUAUUUAAUUACGUCAUUCUUUAUAUAAGACCGACUGUUCAUAAUAACAUAUUUUAAUUAUAUAUUUUUUGUCCAAUUAGUACUAAUAGUCUAAUUAGUACUAGUAGUCUAAUU